AUGUCCUCGAAUGGGAUUGUCCCAGAUUCGAUUCAGCCCAAGCGAAAGCAGCUGCCACAGGAUGGUUUGAAUAGGUCUGGUACACUGGAACGUGGCAUGGAUGCUCUGUCUGCAACCGAUCUGCUUGUUGCACCUGAAAGUACGGAAGCCCGCGCCAAGAGGCACAAGAUCAUGAACGAGUCCAAAGACAAGGAUAAACUGCCAGUGCUUACCCAAGCUGAGAGAGCAAAGUAUGUGGACUUCUGGCAAGCCUUCAAAUGCAAACGGCCCUUGCAGGAGAUGACUGCUGACAUGCCCACUUCAUACAAGGAUGUGCAACAUGGUGCUGUGCCGGCCCCUAUGGCCGCUGAGCGACAGGAUGCAGCUACACCUUUGGCCACGGUUGGAUCGGAUGCGCAGCCGAAGCUGGCGCAGAAGGAGAUGCCGGCUGACCUUGACAGUAUUGCCAAAACCCUGCUCAUUCAGCAAGCGGGAUCUGCGGCCGACGCUUUGCGUGGGGUGCAUACGGAGCCUCCGGGCCCCUCUGGGACACCGGCCACACCUGCAGUUGCGCCAGCCACACCUGGCGCCAUGUCUGUGCCAGCCACGCCUGAACUCCAGCAGUGUCGAGUGGUCCAUCAGAGUGGAGAAGCAUUUUGCUUCGGCUUGGCUCUGAUUCAUCAGUUUUUCGAACGCUCGAGCAGUCGGACCACCCAGCAGCUGCUGGCGGACGAAGACAUCCAGCAGCGGACCUCAGCAGUUGAAGAGUUGCCACAAGACACCACGGAAUGGAGUGAUUCCGACUCUAGUGAUUCCAGCUCCUCGUCAUCAGAGGAAUCAGAUGCAGCUGAGCCAAUGCCCAAUGUACGUAAGAAGCCCAAAACCACAGCUCAUGUUGAAGCCGCCGAUGAAAUCCUAGUCGGCUUUGUGACAAAUGUGCAACACGCCAUGUUGCCCACGGUGGACGACUGGUUGGAGAACGUACAAUUGCAUCAAUUGCUUAUCGACGAGAUCCCCUCCCUAGAGAUCUCCAACCAAAAUCUGGGUUUGAAUGCAGUGAACCGCAUGUUUGACUUGCACAACUAUGCAUGGGCCAUGGUUCAGGCGUGUGGGCCGAGAGCCAUCCGGACACCAGAGAUGAUGCAAGGAAUCCCUGAUUUAUCCCCUGCAGAACAACAGCGCCUUCAAGACAGCGCUACACUGUUGGAUCGAUCAGUCAAUUCAGUCCACUAUCAGCCGCUCUGUUUGCAUGCCCUUCAAGCCAUUAGCCAUUACAUGAACGAUCCGGAUCGAAACCUUUUUCCAGCCCUCAUCGAAGGAGUUUCCACUGGUUUCCAAGACAACAUCGCUCCUUCAAAUGUGUUUGCAGCCAAACCACCCACCGAGGAACCAGCACGGCCGGAUUUGUCCGUCCAUUGGACAAACUGGCAGACAGCAGAAUCCCAACCGGAACUCACGGAAGAGCUGGUCCAAGAAGAAAUCGCCAAAGGAUGGCUUAUUUGUUUCCCUGGAAACCUUGAGGAUGCCAAACGUGAAUAUCCCCUUGGCGUUGCAGUGGGGAAACUUUCAAUUGCCACAUCGGACACCCGUCCACCACGAUUAGUGGUCGACUUUACGGUUUCAGGCACCAACCACAAUUGCGACAUACCUGAACAUCAACAACUGCCGUCUGCCAAGGACGUAGUACGCUCCUUCCCUCUUCGUGGUCAUAAUGAAGAACUGGGCGCCAUGGGGCUCGACGUCCGCGUCAAACUGCAACAGAGCAAAAGGGAAAAACUGCAACGAUUAAUCCUUGAGCUUUUGACCCAUCCGAAAACCUCCAAGAAGAACAUUGAAAAGUUCAUUGGACUGGCGCUUUGGAUUACGGAGUUUGCAGCUUUCAAGCGAUGGGCUGAAGCCAACAAGGGGGAGAUCCAGACCGCGUGGAACAAAGGCGGAGCUGCCAAAAUGUCUGCAUUCAAAAAAUUUGUCAUGGCAAACUGCAACCCACUGGCCGUGGAGGCGGUCAUGCGGUUUCAGGUCUACUCCGAAACUGAAAACAAGGAUGAGGGUGAGUACUACACCUUUGCAGACUUGGUCAGAUACUAUGGCGGCGAUGCGAUGAAGGCGGAGGAUCUUCGCUCCAAACGCCGGAUGGAUGGGGGUACCUCCACUUGCCGCAACUCAGGUGAAGAAACCUACAUUCUGUAUGGACGAGAGAAGAAAAGCCACACCACAAAGACGAUGGAAGCUCUCCUGCCUUAA